AUGCAAUUCGCACGCGCCGCUGUUCCUAACCCGACAGUGACAACGAUCAUGGCUAGUCGAACAUUGCGAAUAGGCCUCAUCCCGGGCGACGGCAUCGGCCGUGAAGUCAUACCUGCCGGUAAACGAAUCCUCGAGUCCCUACCUGCAUCGCUGGGCCUCAAAUUCUCCUUUGUGGACCUCGAUGCUGGCUAUGAGUGCUUUCAAAAGACCGGCACUGCGCUGCCAGACAAGACUGUAGAGACGCUGCAGAAAGAGUGUGAUGGAGCUUUAUUCGGAGCUGUAAGAUAUCCAGACUUCGCAGUCGAGCCAUACCGAGAGCACUUUACGAGACUGCAAGCUGACCCUUCUCUCUACAGCUCGCCAACCACCAAAGUCGCAGGGUACACCUCCCCAAUCGUCGCUUUGCGCAAGAAACUGUCCCUCUACGCGAACGUCCGCCCCUGCAAGACGACGGCAUCCCCCGCCUUCAAAUCCCCCACACCGCACCCGAUCGACCUGGUCAUCGUCCGCGAAAACACCGAAGACCUGUACGUCAAGGAAGAGAAGACCUACCCUGACCCGUCGGGUGAAGGCCAAAUCGCCGAAGCCAUCAAGCGCAUCUCAUCCAAAGCGAGCUGGCGCAUCGCCAACAUCGCAGGUGAAAUUGCUCUACGUAGGCAAAAGAUGCGCGAGUCCUCAAAUUCGAAGAAAGGAAUGGUCACCAUCACACACAAAUCCAAUGUGCUCUCGCAGACGGACGGCUUGUUUCGAUCCACUGCCAGAGAAGCCCUGGCGCAACCGCAGUUCAAGUCGAUCGCUAUUGAAGAGCAGAUCGUGGAUAGCAUGGUAUACAAGCUGUUCCUGCAGCCGCAGUACUACGAUGUGAUCGUCGCGCCGAAUUUGUACGGCGACUUGCUGAGUGAUGGUGCUGCCGCUCUGGUCGGCAGUCUGGGUUUGGUCCCAUCCGCAAACGUCGGCGAGGGUAUCGUCAUCGGCGAGCCGUGUCAUGGGUCCGCGCCGGAUAUUGAGGGCAAGGGUAUUGCGAACCCGAUUGCCACGAUCCGCAGUGUCGGCGUCAUGCUUGAGUUCUUGGACCUGCCUGAGGCGGCGAAUGUCGUUUACGAGGCUGUCGAUAAGAAUCUGGGCGAGGGCAAGUUCGUCAGUCCUGAUCUGGGUGGAAAGGCGUCGACGGAGGAGGUUCUCAAUGAUAUUCUGAAAAAUUUGUAGGCCAACCCUUCGAAUGCUUCAUAACAGUAGAAUCGAGGAAAAGUUGAGGAGUCAGCAUUUUCUCGAGAUACCCUGCAAAGGAGUAUCUAUUCAAAAGUCAUGUGUACCUAUGAUGUGGUUGUUUGCUAGAGAUCAUUUUGCUAGAGAUCAUUUUGCUAGCUAUUCUGUUCCAAUGCAAUUUUGGUCUUUUUGACACCUACAAUAUUGUCCAGCCCAUACCAUACUGUAGAUGAGGCUAAAGCAUCCAAACGCCAUUCCCAUGCCAGUCCGUGUCCAGUGCCGCUCACAAAUGAAAC